CCCGCCCUCGAGGCUGUCGGGGCCAAUGGCAGUUGCUCGGCCUGCGAACCAAUCAGGACACGGCGUGCAGUGCGGCGGGCCGGCAGUUGGGCGCGUGGUGUCGGACAAAGAGGAGUUGGGCGCACAGCGAGCGGCUUAGCGGUGACCACCAUGCGCGAGUGCAUCUCUAUCCAUGUGGGGCAGGCGGGCGUGCAGAUCGGCAAUGCCUGCUGGGAGCUGUACUGCCUUGAACAUGGCAUUCAGCCCGACGGCCAGAUGCCAAGUGACAAGACCAUUGGCGGCGGGGACGACUCCUUCAACACGUUCUUCAGCGAGACCGGGGCUGGCAAGCAUGUGCCCAGGGCAGUGUUUGUGGAUCUGGAGCCCACUGUGGUCGGUAGGCACUGGGCGCUGGGGGCAGCAGCUCUCCUGUGCGGGUGGGAGAGCCUCCCAAGAGCCCGUGUGCUCCUGUGA